UUGCAGGAAAAGGAUCCACCUGGAAUAGCUGUGUAGCCCGCUAUCCUGUCAUUUUGGGGGAUUUUAUGUGAAUAUUUGUUUUAUCAUUUUUGGUGGCAGACUCCUCUGUCCACCCAGCACUAUGGACUUUCCUGAUUUGAGGUUGGUCAGAAUGGAUAUGAAGAGGGGAACCCUUGCCAAAACACAUUCUGCAGCUCCUUUCUGGAACAGAUUACAAUUUUCCAACUAAAACUCUCCCCGGGAACAUUGUUGCCUAAGGUCAACUGAGGUCUUAACUGUUACUGAAGAAAUAACAUUGAAAAAACUAGUUUUUACUAUUUUGUAUAUAUUUUUUUUAUCCAAGUUUUGAUUUGGGAAUAAUAUACACUCUGAGGUAAGCAUGGUGUUGAUGAAGGUAAAGUUUGACUUGCCGAAGCGGGUGAAGCUUGCCCAGGGCCUGUGGCUCAUGUACUGGCUAGCAGUGAUGACCGGCAUUCUGGUCUUCAGUCUGGGGCUGUUCUUUAAGAUCGAGCUCCGGAAGAGGAGUGAGAUGAUGGACAACAACGAGAGCCAUUUUGUGCCCAACCUGUUGAUUCUAGUUGGCCUAGCUGCUUGCGGGGUAAACGUUUUUGGCGGCAAGGUGUGCCACGACUCUCUGGAUGCUUUGAAGUUCGCCAAGUGGAAGCCCAUGGUCAAGGGCUACCUGAUGGGCUGCUUCGGUUUCAACAUUCUCCUGUUCUUAACAGCUCUGCUGUGCUUCUGCAUGCAGUUCCAGUUGUACUUUUCCCUGGCUGAGGGUCUGAAGAAUGGGAUAAAAUACUACAAGGAUACGGACACACCUGGACGCUGCUUCAUGAAGAGGACGCUGGACAUGACCCAGAUUGAGUUCCGCUGCUGUGGCAACAACAACUAUAGGGAUUGGUUUGAGGUCCAGUGGAUCAGCAACCGCUAUCUGGACUUCAGCAACGAUGAAGUCAAAGACCGUGUCCUGAGCAACGUGGAGGGGAAGUUUCUGAUGGAGAGUGUACCGUUCAGCUGCUGCAACCCCGGCUCCCCCAGACCCUGCAUCCAGCACCAACUGACCAACAACUCAGCCCACUAUGACUACGACCACCACACCGAGGAGCUCAACAUCUGGACCCGGGGCUGCCGCGAGUCCCUGGUCGCCUACUACGGAGGCAUGAUGAACAGCAUCGGGGGCCUGAUGCUACUGUACAUCAUACUGGAGGCAGGAGUGAUGGUGGGCUUACAGUACCUGACCACUUCUCUGGAGACUAUGGCCGAUCCAGAGAACCCGGAGAGUGAGAGCGAGGGCUGGCUCCUGGAGAAGAGUGUGAAGGAGACGGUGGCAGACGUCAUAGCAAAGAUCAAGGGCCUGGUCGGUGCAGGGAACCAUGUGGGGGAGGUUGAGGAGGGGGUGGCCACUGUGAGUUGAAAGGGUCUCACCCAAAGGGACUAUCGACGGGAGCUCAAAGAGAAAUAGAAGGAGUGAGAGGAGAGACAUCUUCUCAGUGAAACAACAAACAUAUUCAAACAUACACACACAGGCAGAUCAAUGGACACAUGCACACACCCUAUGAAAAGUGAACAACUAAACCAACUCCUCACAUUAAGGGAGAACCAAACUCAAAAAUGUGAAUGUACAGAUGACGUCGGAAGUUUACAUACACCUUAGCCAAAUACUAGUAAUUUGGCUAAGGUGUACGUAA